UGAUGUCGAUAUUAGUCAUUCUCAUUUUGCGAACUGCGACGUACGGAAAUAUUUAUUUGAAAGAGUGCGCACCAAGUGCCUGAUACCCUCGUACAUCGCCGACCACUGACACAUUAUUAAUUACAUUAUAAAUAUUUUUAUAAUUGCAUUAUCAUUUGGAAUGAUCAUGGAUACCAAGGUCAUCACUUGUGUUGUGCUGGCGCUCGUGUGCAUGGGAAAUUCCGAUGGAGCUAGACUCAGGAGAGGGGCUAAUGGUGAACGACCCGUGGAAUCGAUGGAUUCAAUCGACCCUGGUGACCUUGAAACAAGGCCAUGGAAACGUGUGCUACCACGUGAUACUAGAAAAAUAAAGUCUAAUGAAGCUAUUCCCGACUACGACUCUGAUUCUGAAAUAGAAGAUGAGAAUUCUCCUGAUGCUCUCCCUCCUAGCGCUAAAACUAAACCGUCAGUGUCCUCAAAAACACCAACGAAAAAUAGAGGAACAAAUAAAUCUGGCACUAUACCGAACCCACUGGUCAAAUCACCUAAACCAAAUCCUAAAAGUCCACUCAAACCUCCACCUGAUCCUAAUGCUGUUGGUGGUGAUACGCGUAUAACUCGCAUUAACAUUAUUCCGGUGCCUAAGCCUAAUCACAGACGACCCCCUCCUCCUAAGCCAAAGGAACCUGAAGAAUCGGAUGAUGAAAACAAACCUGAAGAGGAAUUGGAAGAACCUGAGGAAGAACCCGAAGAACCAAAAGAGGUGGCUGAAAAACCUGAAGACAAACUGGAAGAAUCUGAGGAACCUGAGGAACCUGAGGAACCUGAAGAACCUGAGGAGCCUGAGGAACCUGAGGAAUCCGAAAAAGAGCCGGAAGAACCUGAAGAGCCUGACGAAGAAACAGAAGACGAAAAUGAAGAGCCCAGCUCACCGAAGCUUAAACCCCCUCAACAACCGCCAACCCCCUCAAAGCGACCUUCGGGGCCACCAAAUCCCAAAUUUCCAAAAGGGCGACCGCUUCCCAGACUCCCUCCUGCUCGUCGCCCACUUAUUCCUCCUGAACCCCCAACAGAUGAAGACUCUGACAACAAUCCUGAUGAUCAACCAAUCAGCGACGAUGAAAAUCCCAAAGCGAAACCCGGGCGUCCAAAAAGACCAUCGCAACCACUACCAAAGCGCAAUGACCCACCCACAACUCCAGAAUCGAGUGUUGACGAAGAGCCAGAGGAUCCUGCAGACAAUUCGGAAUCUCCAGAAUCCACUGACGAUAAUGGAAACCGCGACAAAGACCCACAAUCAGCACAGAAGACUCCUCCUCGAGCGUCUACCAAAACCAGACCUCCUGGCACAAAAACUCCUAGCAAAAGGCCAAAUCCUCGUAAUCCUGAAGCAGUUCCUGGGGAAAAUCCAGAAAGUUCCGAUGCCAAUCCUCAAUUUCCGGAUCCGGAUGAUGAUGAUCGUCAAUUCUUUAAAAAAAGACCCGGACCAAGAAUUGCCCCAUCCAGACCUGCUAAAAGACCAACACCGCCGAUUCCAGAAACUAAUCCUGAAGUAGACUCUGAAAAUCCGGAAGAUUCAGACCCUUCUGAUGAAAGCACAAUUCCUAAUAAAUACUUACCCCCAGAAAGUCCAUCUCCCACAGAUACUAACGUUAGAACAAGGCCGCCCAGACCCAUCAGACCACCCAAACCCCAACCACCGGAACCAUUGCCUGAGGACGACUCCCAGAACCCCGAAUCCCCAAACUCGACGGAUGAUUUAACCGCCCCUGAAAACUCUCCUGUCAUUCCCUCGCCAUCUAAACAAAGACCUGGAUCAAAACCAUCGACCAUAACUAGACCCGGCAGAAGACCAAAACCAACAACUCCGGAACCGAACCCUGACGAAGAGCCAGAGGAACCUGAAGAUAAUCCAGCAUCUGCAGAAUCCCCUGACGAGAACGAAACCCCCGAAAAAGACCCCCAAUCGACGAGGAAGACUCCCCCCCGACCACCUACCAAAACGAGACCUCCUAGUACAAAGACUCCUAGCAGAAGACCAAAUCCUCGUAAUCCCGAAGUUCUUGAUGAAGACAAUACUCAAAACCCCGAUGAAAAUCCUCAAUUCCCAGAUCCAGACGAUGAAGAUCCUGUUGUGACGAGGAGACCAGGAAUAAAGACUUCUCCAACAAGACCCCCCAGAGGACCAAAUCCUCAUUCCCCAGGGCAGAAUCCUCUGUUCGCCUCUAGAUUCGGAGAUACGGACUCCGAUCCUGAUGACUCUGCCAAAUCACCCUCCAGCAACUCGCCAGAUUCCCUAGGUCAUCCUUCCACUUCCCCAGCCAAGGCACCUUCCGGGAUUCCAAGCGACCCGUCAUCAGCAAACACGAAUGCACUUAGUUUAGCAUCUAGCUUCGGAGCGGGAUCAGGAGCGAUGGCCAGCGCAAGUGCGAGUGCCUCAUCAAGUGCAGGAGCUUACGGCUUGCCGUCGGACUCCUGGGGUGUGAGUCCAUACAGUCCCAGCCAAAACUCAUGGGGACCAAAUCCAAAACUCCCCAAUUGGGAACCUCCAGGAUCACCCUCCACUCCACCAAUCACCCCAAACAAGUCCGUCAAGUCUCCAACAAAAUCUCCACCAUAUCCAGCUCCCUCCAAGGCCUUCCCACUCGGGUUCAAUCCAUUCCCCAAUCCCUGGGCAUCGGCUUACCCCCCAAUCCCCAGUCCGAAGAAUCCACCCAUCGGAUGCACCUCAGGAUGUCCUCCAAUAAAUGAAAAAAAAACCACUGGAAUAACACCGACAAGACCUCUCUCCGGCUAUACACCAAUCAUCAGCAUCUCCGGGACCUUCGACGCUCCCAACAAUUCCAAUAAUCCAUCAACAUUUGGUGCAGAUUCAUACUCCAGUUCAAGCUGCUCUUCAUCAAAUUGUAGAAGCACUUCAUCUACAAAACCAGGCAAUCCAUCCUACGCCAAUGCCAAUUAUCCAACCUACCCUCCCACUCCGGCUAAUGGUUUUGGAUCGCCAGUAAAUUCAAAUCCAAUGGGCUACAAUCCUAAUGACCAUUCCAAUGCCAAUUACAACAGUGGUAAUCCAUCCGGGGGAUUCGCUAGUGCCGGGAGUUUUGCUAGUGCUGGGGCUAGUGCCAAUUCAAAUGGUGGAAGCAUGAGCUUUCCAUCACGUUUGAAUACCGGGAGUUAUCCAGGAAACAAUGAGAUUGGUGGACGCACCGGGAUUGGGGCAGUCGGCGGAGGAGCUGCUUAUGGACCAGCGGAUUUCGACGCGCAUUUGAAUCGCAUUCAGCAAGAAAACCUCGCCCUUCAGCGUCAAAUUCAGGAGCAGAUUAGACAACAACAGGCUCAGGCAAUGGGUUCUUGGUCAACGGCUAUGGCUUCCAUAAAUGAUGGAUUCAGACCUAUUGAUCCUAAUUCCCAAUUAUACAGCAAUACUCAAGUUAAUCAGGGUUUCCAGCCUCAACUGCCGAUGAAUAUCGGUGAACGUAACGGGAAUUCUCCGGUAUAUUCUGGUGGUUAUGGGGGCUUGACUUAUCCAACGCACUAUGGGAAUCAUUACGAUAGAUUUGAUAAUAUGCGUUUCCCAUCGGGAGGAUUCCCAUCCCCUGGAGGAUUCUCAUCCCCUGGAGGAUUUCCAUCCGCUGGAGGAUUUCCAUCUGCAGGCGGUGAUAGAGGAUCCUGGGCUUGGGGAGUUGCCAAUGCAGGACCAGGUGGUAAUUCACAAGCUGGAGAGAUAGGACCGGUCGCACCUGGAUUUGAAUCGCGUUUCGCCGAAGACCUACCGUCCCAAGGUGGUAACUCAUACAGCAGCUUCUCCAGCUCGAGCUCCAGUUCUGGGGUCGGACCAGACGGUCAGAUUCAUUCUCGUAAGAGUGUAACCACUGGCAUCAACGACAAUGGGAGAGUCUCCAUCAAGACCGUCCACGAUCCAUAAACCCAUCAUUCUACUCUUCGUAUAUCCUAGUAGUCUCGAUGUAUCAUCAAUGACAACUCCCAAGAAGAACAAAUAUCUUCGAAACUGACAAAUGUUUGACAUUUUUGCUUAGACUUUAGAAACAAACCUAUUUGUUUUCAUAAUUACUGAAAUAUUGUGAGUUUUAUUUUCUUCGAGUGAUGGUAUUUAUUGUCGCUAUUUACACUUAAGAUAGUCGUCAGAGAAAAUGGAAGCAGAAUCUUUAAAAUAGACAAUUUUUUAUACAUCGUGGUGAAUAAAAAAUAACUCAUCUUAGGACAUCCAUUAA